AUGGCUGCCUGUGACUUGCAUUCUCUGCCGGCCGGUUCCAGGCCUAUAGACGCGGUACGGAAUAAUGGACCAGAUAAUCUCGCCCUCGAAAGGUAUAAGCUUAGGGAGUUGGCAGAGGGAUGGCCAAUGUAUCGCGACGCUUGCGAAUGGGAAAACCUGAAGAGCAUUUUCCACGCAGACGCAGUUAUUUAUACCACUUGGACUGGUCGCUCGCAUUACCUGGACUUCAUCGCGGCCUCACAGAAAGGCAUGGAUGCGGGGGUUUUUAUCAUGCACAGGUGCCACGGGCUCAGCACCGACAUCGACCGAAACGCCACGAGGGCAGUGACGAAGAUGAAAGCGACCAUAACCCAACGGUUCAAUCUGGAUGGCAUCGAAGCAGACGCCGAGAGUGAUUGUCGAUUCUGCUUCUUCUGGCUCAAGAUCGAGAAGGAAUGGAAAGCCAUGGUUGUCAGACACUGGUAUGAGAAGGACAAAUUAAUUCCGGUCGACCCCAACAGAGUUCCCAAAGUGGACGAGGCCAAGGUUCAAAAAUAUCCCUCAGGCUACCGGUACUUGGCUUACUGUCAGGAGACAACAAUGGGCGUGAAUGUUUUACUUGACAUGCCGGGCCAUAGACGGGAGAACGGUAUAGCUGGGGGUAGCUUGACUUGUGGUGAGAACCAUGAUCUGUUGUAUUGGCAUUGUAAACAGUGGCUCGACGGCAAGGAUUUUGAGAUAUGA